AUGGAAUAUAAAACAACAUCCGAGGAGACUUGGAAAUCAGACAAUGAUACUUCUCGCAGGGAAAGUCCAGAAAUCUAUAGAGGCAGUAUAGAAAUUUUUCUCACUAUCUUCAUUUGUGUCAUCUGCACAUUUGGACUUGCGGGGAAUGGAAUUGUCAUCUGGCUUCUUGGAUUCCGCAUUAAGAGGAAUCCUUUCACCACCUAUAUCCUGAACUUGGCUGUGGCCGACUUUGGACUUCUUCUCAUAUUAGUGCUUUGGAUAAUUUUGCAUACAGUAUUACAAUCUAAUAUUUCCAUGACUGGUCUUUAUUUUUCUUUAUUUUUCAUAGCCAUUUAUGUUAUUGGUCAUCUUUUACUGACAGCCAUCAGUGUGGACAGGUGUGUGUCUGUCCUCUGCCCAAUUUGGUAUCGCUGCCACCGGCCACCACACUGCUCCACCUUUAUCUGUGUGGUCAUAUGGGUUCUCUCUUUUGCAUUUAAUGGAAUCCCCACCAUUCUCCUGUCUGGAAAUUUUACCGAGCUGGCAAAUUUCACUAUCAGUUUUCAAUUUCAUGUGAAUGCCUUUCUCUGCCUUCCACUCAUCACUAUUUCUUCUUUGAUACUGUUCAUAAGAGUCUGCUUUAAAUCACGACAGCAUAGGCGGGGAAGAAUUUUAAUUGUCGUCCUGCUUACCCUCCUCUUUUAUCUCUUCUUUGCUUUUCCACUGACUGCUCUUAUUGUAACUGUAAUUUAUUUUCACUUUCUUUCGGGGACAUUCAUUUAUUACGCGGAUUUCGUGUUUUUAAGCACCUCCUUAAACAGCAGUGUUAACCCAUUCAUUUAUUUCUUGGUUGGGAGAAUGAAGAGGAGUUGCUCUAGGGAAAGUAUGAAGGUCACACUCCAGAGGGUUUUCAAGGAGGAAGAAGUCCCUGAAGCAGAAGAAGAACCACCACUAGAAACCCAGUUAUGA